UGGGAGAGUUGAGGGAGGAUAAAGGGCCAAGUUGACAUUCCUGGGAUUCCAAGUGAGAGAGCGCGUGCGUGCGUGCAUGUGUGUAUGUGCGCUGCGCGGGGCGCACGCUUGCCAGUGUGUGCCAAUUCGGGGCGAUGGCGGUCUUCCCUUUCCUGGCUCCUUCCUCCAGCUCCUGACUCUCAGGAGAGGCCCGUGAGCCCCAGGCAUGCCCCCAUUCACGCACCCCCUCAACAAACGUGUGUGUCCAGGCCUCUCGGGCACUUGCUUCUCUCCGCCCUUGUGGAUCAGGCUAGACCUGCCCCUGUCACAUCCCUUGGUGGCCUAUCCCCCUUCGUGUGUUUGAGGACGGGCAGACUGGGGCCUGGGCCAGGCCCUCCACAGCUGGGAGGCUGUGGUGUCCUGGGUGUUGGCAUUUGGCUGGCUGCCACACAGGGGAACUUUGCCACCCUGUCCUCCUCCUUCCCGUCCCUGUCGGCGGCCAACCUGCUCAUCGUCACCGGCACCUUCGUCAUGGCCAUCGGCUUCGUGGGCUGCAUCGGGGCCAUCAAGGAGAACAAGUGCCUCCUGCUCACCUUCUUCGUGCUGCUGCUGCUCGUCUUCCUGCUGGAGGCCACCAUCGCCGUGCUGUUCUUCGCCUACACCGACCAGAUUGACAGGUAUGCCCAGCGGGACCUGAAGAAGGGCCUGCACCUGUACGGGACGCAGGGCAACGUGGGCCUCACCAACGCCUGGAGCAUCAUCCAGACUGACUUUCGCUGCUGUGGCGUCUCCAACUAUACCGACUGGUUCGAGGUGUACAACGCCACGCGAGUGCCCGACUCCUGCUGCCUGGAGUUCAGCGAGAGCUGCGGGCUGCACGCGCCAGGCACCUGGUGGAAGGCGCCGUGUUAUGAGACUGUCAAGAUGUGGCUUCAAGAGAACCUGCUGGCUGUGGGCGUCUUCGGGCUGUGCACGGCGCUGGUGCAGAUUCUGGGCCUGACCUUCGCCAUGACCAUGUACUGCCAGGUGGUAAAGGCAGACACCUACUGUGCGUAGGCCACCAGCCACCGCUUCUCUGCCAAAGGACACCGCCGUCUCCACCGUGCCUCCUGUCACAGGACUUGGUGCUCUGCUCCUGGCGGGCGCAGGGGAGGGGAGCAGCAGGUGCCCAGAGCGCCCUGGAGCCCUGUCCCUGGAAGGCCCUGGCCCAGGCGGAAGGGGGGUGGCAGAGCGCUGGCCGCGAAGCUGGGGCUUCGGGCACCUUUUAUACCCGUGUACUCUCCACAGCCGAGCUCACAUGGGGCUGGGGCCGGAGCUGAGCUCCCCAGCCUCUUGGGGACCCUGGGAGGCAGGGCCAGCCUCAGCUUCCUCAGGGCCCACCCACUGGUCCUGGUGCUCCAGGCGGGGCUGCAGGCCCCUCACCCACAUUCCACAGCGGGGCUGCAGCCCCAGGUGCAUCUUAAUAAAGCGUGUGAGCAGCA